AUGUCUAGCAUGCACGGACCCAGGCUUCGCUAUCCUCUCGGGGAGGUUCUUGAGAGCCUUCUUGGUGUGAAUGCAGACAAUUGGCUCCACUGCCCGUUGGCAGAAAUCGAAGACACGGAUGAGCGAUUAUAUCGAUUGAGACUAUUCUGCGAGCCGCUUCUCAGGGGUGUGCAUCAUCCUGCGCGACAUUUUGACGAGCUCGAUCAGCAGCUCUCGCGACUUUUACCACGUCCGGCUUCUCCUCUCGCUGGGUCGGACCCCACAGACAUUCACGGCGUACACUCCAAGGUGGAACAUUUACUCUCACGUCUGCCAAAAGUCCCUCAACGGAGCUUCUCGCUGCCUCUCAAUAACGGCUUGAUGCGGGAACAGGGGACAACUCUGUGGGACGGCAUCAGAGACGGCAGAUGGGCUACAAGAUACAUUAUGCCAGAGGCGCAAUCUCACUUCCAUACGCAAAGUCCCGGGGGGGCGGACUCGAUUCUUGAUCUGUUGAGAAAGCUGCAGGACCUCGCCUGGGACAAUCUGUACGUGACUACAUAUGUUGAUACUAAUUCCUUAAAACUGGCAGCGGCUUUUGCGAACCACGGCACCCAGCCAAACCACAACCUCGCUCAGCGAUCACUGAAAUACGUCAACUUGCUUUCCGAAUUGUUCGAUGGGUACCACAGCAUGUCUGAUGCUGUGUCUUUCGGGAUAAAAGCACCAUUUGAAGACUCUUCAUCCCAAGGUCGUGCUUUGAAAGAUGCCUUAUUCCCUCAAAACCGAGACGAUCAUGAACAGGCCAUGGCCAUCAUCAAGGUCUUUUUGUGGUCGGCAUGGCAACGGUCCGUGAUGCUUCACUUCUACUACGUAAUCGGAGUCCAACUUACUCAUGGGUAUUCGUCAACCUGGAAUUCUCUCCUGGCUGUUCGUGGCGUUCAUGAAUUAGAGUGGCUUUCACGAGAUGACUAUCGGGGCAACUGCACUGAAUACCUGUGCAACUGGGCAUUUGAGCUUUUGAGAACAAGCCGAACAUCGGUUGGACUUGAUUUCCGCCGCAUGAUUGCAAGAUUUGAUGCUCACUUCCAUGGCCGGCCUGGAAGGUGUAUCCAAGGGUCGAACCACACCUGCGAAGGUGGCCAGCCAGAGACCUGUCAGCGCUUCACGGCCGCCGAGACUGCCGCACAGUCCGCGCAUUCGUCCAUCUGCGACAGGCAAUGCGAAAAGAUCAGCUGGGAUGCCUCAUCAUACCACCAAAGCCCCAAGCCCGCAGCUAUUGUUGCCGCCGAGGACGCGACGUGCCUGGUGUAUGCUGUCGUCAAUUCAAAGACUUUAGCAAUCUCCCAUGUGUGGAGCCACGGGCAAGGUGGUCGCCCGGAAUCCGGUAUCAAUGCUUGUCUCCAUCAACGAUAUUGUCGUUUGGCCCAUCUGUUCGAGUGCGACACCUAUUGGAUUGACGCGGCAUGCAUUCCAAGCGAGCUGACUCUUCGACGGCAGGCCAUUGACAACAUCAACCAUAUUUUCGCCACGGCAAAGGUGACCCUGGUCAUUGAUGCUGACGUUCAAGCCAUUGACGUGGCAUGGCCUGAUCCCACUGUCGCCGAAAUCGAGACACUGGUGUCGACACUGUUAGUAAGUGACUGGACCGUCCGUGGCUGGACGUUAUUGGAAGGCAUUCGUGGUAGCCGGGCGAUCUACUUGCUCUGCGAACAAGACCGAGUCCUAUCUCUUCGUGAGGCUCUCGUCACUCUCCACGAACAGGGGGCAAUUGACAUCGCAGUCUUACUGGGCAGCGCGCAACAUCUGAUCCCACAUUCAGACCUCACCUCCACCAAGACUGUCGAAGAAGCAGGUUAUCUCCUCAGCCAGCGUCACACUUCCUGGCCGGAAGACGUCAUCAUCUGCUGGAGUCUCCUGAUCAAUGCGCCCGUCCACCGAAAGGCCGUUGAUCUAUGGAAGAAUCAGUCUCGCGUCAGAACUGGCUACUUACUCUCCAGCGCUCCAAGAGUGGCAGAAAUGCAAGGAUGGGCAUGGGCACCUGCGUCACCGUACAUUCGUCCGAAUCACCGAACUGUGGACCUGCCGGAGGGCAGGACGCAAGAAUACACCGUGCGGUUUCCGUGUUAUGACGGUGAUGGCAGCCUCUCUGCAGCUAUCACUCCCAAUGGGUUACUCGGGCGGUGGCGGGUGGUCAACAUUGAACCGGCAUUUUUAGAAGAUGCCCGGGAGCUGUGUUGCCACAUGACCGCUCCUCUCGAGGCUUACCAGGAAGAUGAAAUGGAUCUGGAAAACGCCGAACUGGUGUAUGCUCAUCCGGACGAGGCUUUGGCCUGGCAUACACUCGAAGCACUGUUAAAUCAAGGAGCAGAGCUAAGGCUUGUCAGGGCACUCGCUGAAGACGGUGUCUCCCCGUACGUUGGCAGCAGCCAAAGAGGAGAGAAUUUCGGACUGAUCGCCGCGAUUUGCGCUAGCUUUAACAAUAGAUCAUCGUGGGAGUGGAAAGGGGUGUUUUCCUGGCAAGAGAGUGAGAAUUAUCAAGGUUGGGAGGUCGAUGAGAUGCUCAUCGUGUGA